AAAGAAUUCUGAGCCUAUCCAUAACCACACAAACAGACUCACUGCUGGUGAUUCCCUGGAAUUUGGAAUUCUAGAAACCAGGAAUGUCUGGACUCUGUGGCUGCAUUAAAAUUGAUUGUUAUGAGUGAGGUGGAAAGCUCAUUUCUGAACAUUAUUAUCAUUAACAAUUAGUCGCUGUUCUCAGAAAGGUGAAUGCAAGGCAACUUCAAAAACCAUAUUCUCUUGUGCAUCUAUUUCUCUCUUCCUCCCACCUCCCUCAAAACACCUGUCUGCAACACCUUCGGUCUUCUAUGCUUUCCUGGAGGACUCAUUUACAGAGAGAUUCAUGGACCUUGAGGAGUGACUUUAGAUGAAGAAAGCUCUUCAGAGGCUGGAUGUUCUUCCUGACAUUUGAACAGUUCAAUGGAGACCUUGAGAGUGGAGUUGAACAUGUCUGUGGAUGAAGGGGCAGCAAAGACUCCAGGAUUGCAGAAGGGAGAGCAAAACACUCCCACCAUCAAAUUGUGGACAGAUCUGGGGGAAACAAAAGCCCCACAGCUUGUAUACAUCAAGGGGAUUGGAGAAUCACAAGCUACGGUCUAUCCACGGCAGCUGAAACGUGAACCAGAAGAGGAGCUUCAGGAACGCUGGGAAGCCCAGUGGCAGGAGUUCCUCAAGACGUUGCAGGCCCCUCACUCAGAAUGGGGGAAUCCUCAGGUAUCAGAGGGGCCCUCACCAUGGGAGGAUGCUAAGGCCUUCCUGGCCUCCUUUGAGCAAGUAGCCUCAGCCUGCCGGUGGCCUCUGGACAAGUGGGUGACCCUCCUCCUACCGGCCCUCAGCGGAGAGGCCCAGCAGGCCUUCAACGGCCUCAGUGCCCGGGACAGGGGAGACUACGGGAAGGUGAAGGCAGCCAUCUUGCAAGGGGAGGCCACUUUGAGGGAGAAGCAGCGCCAGCACUUCAGGCAGUUCUGCUACCAGGAAGUGGAGGGGCCCAGAGGCGUUUACGGCCGGCUGAGGGAACUUUGCCGCCAAUGGCUGAGAGCGGAGAGACACACCAAGGAGGAGAUCUUGGAGCUGCUGAUCCUGGAGCAGUUCCUGACCAUCCUGCCCCAGGAAAUGCAGAGCUGGGUGAGGGAACAGGGCCCAGAGACCUGCGCCCAGGCGGUGGUUCUGGCAGAGAAUUUCCUGCUACAGCAGAACACGGUGAAACAGGACGGAGAGGGGCUGUGGCCCUUGGGUGCGGGACUGGCUGUGAAUCCCUCCGAGGCAGGAUUGGGUCCACCACCAAAGGCGUGGGAAAGGCAGCCUUCCAAGGAGCUCAAGCAGGAGCAAGAUGAAGAGGCAAGCUUGUUUGGUGACGGGCAGGUACAUGAGAACCAACUUGAUAAUCUUCAGCAGGGUGAUUCUGAGGUACCAGCAGGUGCAUCACUGCAAGGAGACGGCAUCUUCCGUUAUUGCAAAGAGGGAAGAAGCCUUGGGAGUCAGGAGGGACUGGAGAACAUGUGGAGAACCAAACCUGAGAAGCGCUCAGAUGAAGCCGUUCCUGUCCAUGAAGGUAACUUAGAUCAGGAGGAAACCGGAGCCCACCCCAAAAUCCACCGCUGUCACUGUGGGAAAAGUUUCCGUUGGAGCUCGAAUUUCAGGGUCCAUGAGAGAAUCCACACCGGAGAGAAGCCGUAUAAGUGUGCCGAAUGCGGGAUGAGUUUCCGUAAAUCUGCGCAGCUCAAGGCCCACGAGGGAAUCCACACUGGGGAGGUUCCCUUCCGGUGUUCCAUGUGCCAGAAGUGUUUUACAAGUGGCUCAAACCUCGUUGCCCAUGAGAGGAUUCACACUGGAGAGAAACCGUACAGGUGUACGCACUGCGGGAAAAGUUUCCGCCAGAAGGGCACCCUCACGACACACGAGAAAAUCCACAUUGGAGAGAAACCUUUCAAAUGCUCGAUGUGCGGGAAGAAUUUCCGUCAGAAGGGCACGUUGACGACGCACGAAAAGAUCCACCUGGGACAGAAGCCAUAUAAGUGCUCCGCGUGUGGGAAGAAUUUCCGGACCUCUGCGGACCUGAGGGUCCAUGAAAGGAUUCACACUGGAGUGAAACCAUAUCAGUGUGCCGUGUGCCAGAAGAGUUUCACCGAUGGCUCAAAUCUCAUUACCCACGAACGAAUCCACACGGGAGUGAAACCAUAUCGGUGUGGGCGCUGUGGGAAGAGCUUUUGUCAGAAGUCGGGCCUUAUGACACAUGAACGAGUUCACACUGGGGUCCACCCUUAUAAGCGCCCAGCUUGUAGGAAGGGUUUGUCUGGUGGCGCAAGUGGAAGUGUGCGCCAGGAAACGAACCCCGGAGACAACUUGCAUAUGAGUGCUGAUUGUGGGGAGGGCUUCAGUGACCUAGGGCAUGUGAGAAGAGAAGAGCCAAAUAUAAGAGAACAGCCGUGUGGGCUAUUGGAAAAGAGUUCGGAUGGAGCAUCAACCUUCUGACUCUAGAGAGAAUCCACAACGCGGUGAAGCCAUAUGUG